AGCAGAACGCGAUCCGCAUCGCCAUUUCAGGUCAUUGUGACCCGAUUCCUCGCACAGUGCGGAGCACUAGGAAGCAAAGUUCUUCAAACUCGCAAGUUUCUUUAUUCGCGAAAAAGUUCAUCGCUUGGCAAAGAUGAAAAUUUCAACAUCAGUUGUGCUGAUACUCCUUCUGGCUGGCACUAUCAACGUGGAAGCUGGUCCGUUAGCUGCUGGUAUUUGCUACGCUGGAUGUGCAGCCGUAGUGACUGCCUGUUUCGCCGCAGCCGGGUUCACCUUCGGCACCGUACCUGGUGCACAAAUUGCGGCCGUCCCAGCCCUGGUCGCAUGCAAUGCAGGAUUCGCCACCUGCGAAGCUGCCUGCGUAGCAGCAUUGCUCACGCCUACACCGUAAGGCAAGAAUUGGAAGGAAAUAUCGCCAAAAUAUCCCACCAAUGCAGCUUGAACUCUACCUACUACGCCGUAAAUAUUGUAUUUCGA